UUCUGUCAAAUGGGCUAAAGGCGAGUUGACUAGCUCAAAAUUUUUCGUUCGUUUCGUCGCUCUCGAAAAUCGAAAAUCAGAGGGGACAAGCUAUGUCAGAAGGGUCAGUUGAAGAGUAUCCGAUUGAAAGGCACUGAAACUGAAAACUAGAGAUGCUGGUCAUGGACGCGUUGUUUAACAGCCUGUUGGUGGUCAGUUCCGGCUAUGCGAUGUACACCCUUCACCCAAUUGAAACGCCCUAUGGCUAUGCAACAGCGGCCUUGAGCCUGGUCCACGGAAUUUUGGGGAUGGUGCGGGCGGCGAGCAACGACGAUGACGAGUGCAAUCGGGUGCGACUGAUUACGUCGGGCAUCAUGGAGAUAGUGCCGCUGCCCCUGACCAAUGUCGAGCUCUAUCUGAAGUCCACCAACCCGGGCUUGGCGUUGGCACACUCCUGUUUUGUGGUGCCAUUAUUCUACGAUAUGUUGGCCAAGGUGCGUGACACCGAGGACACCUCCACGGAGACCCUGAAGGAACUCACACUGGUGGGCAACGUUGUGUCCCUGCUCUUUCUGGGCGUCAACGAGUCCAACAACAUGUACGGCGCCAUGGCUGCCAUCGCUUUUGGAGCUCGCUACGCUUCCGCUUUCCUCGACUACUACUGGAAGGGACUAGGUGCCGAGUUCACCCUGCUGGCCCACUCCAUGUUUGUCCUGCUGAUGACCAUGACCCUUUCGGCGAAAUGAAGACCACUAGACCUCCCAGAAGAUAACCUAUCCGCAUCCAAGGCCAGCGGUUAGGUUCGUUGGCUUUCCGCUCAAUAAACUUGCAAUUAAUGUUGGCAAAUUAAAAUGCAAAAAUAAACAUUAAUUGUUUUGUCACAUUCGCAGCACGACCAAAAAACUUAAGUGUCUCCAUCUCUUUUGUCUGCCCCUUUUGUCUCCAGCGCCAGCACUCGACCUCCAUCAUCCAAAGAUCCAGAGAGAUCCAGCUGGGGAUAACAUUUUAGCUUCAAUUUACAACGUCAGCGGCGAGCCCCAAAUGAGCCAAAUGA